GAUGUGACGUGUGUUAGUGUGUCAGUCGAGUAUUUAACUUGUGGAAAGCAGGGCAGGAGAUCACACACGCACACACACACAUACACAGUCGACAUGAUGUGGACGGCGCUUCUUCUGCUGGGACUCGCUGUUGUGCUGCUGCUCGCGAGACGCACGAGACGGAGAAAUGAGCCUCCUCUCGAUAAAGGAAUGGUUCCCUGGCUCGGUCACGCGUUUGAGUUCGGCAAAGAUGCUGCUAAAUUCCUGACGCGAAUGAAACGGAAGCACGGCGACAUUUUUACCGUCCUUGCCGCUGGUAAAUACGUCACGGUUCUUCUGGACUCAAAUUGCUACGAUGCUGUCCUAUGCGACGUGGUCUCGCUUGACCAAACGGGCUAUGCUCAGAUCCUAAUGAAGAGAAUCUUCAGCCUCAAUUUGCCCAAUCACAACCCUGAAUCCGAGAAGAAAAGAGCAGAAAUGCAUUUUCAGGGGUCCGCUUUGACCCAACUCUGCAGCUCAAUGCAGAACAACCUCAAGCACCUUCUGACCCCUUCAGUAAUGGGCCUGAAAGUAUCUGAGUGGAAAAAAGAUGGACUCUUCCAUUUCUGCUACAGCUUGCUCUUUAAGACCGGCUAUCUUACUGUGUUUGGCGCAGAGAAAAACAACAGCGCGGCACUAGCUGAAAUUUAUGAGGAGUUUCGCCAGUUUGACAAGUUUUUACCUAAACUGGCUCGGACUACUGAAAACAAAGAGGAAAAAAAAAUUGCAAGUUCAGCACGAGAAAAGCUGUGGAAAUGGCUGACUCCGUCACGUUUAGAUAGAAAGCCAGAACACCAAUCGUGGUUGGGGAACUAUGUACAGCAACUGCAGGAAGAAGGAGUCGAUGCUGAGACUCAGAGGAGAGCCAUGCUGCUACAGCUAUGGGUUACACAGGGAAACGCGGGCCCCACUGCAUUCUGGCUACUGGGCUACUUACUCACCCACCCUGAAGCUCUAAGGGCUGUGAAAGAGGAAAUCCAAGGUGGAAAGCACCUCCGUCUGGAAAAGAAACAGACAAACACUCCAGUGUUCGAUAGCGUUCUUCAUGAGACUCUGCGUCUAACUGCGGCCUCUCUCAUCACUAGAGAAGUGAAGCAAGACAAGAAGAUUUGUUUAAGCAAUGGGCAAGAAUACCAGCUCCGACGGGGCGAUCGGCUGUGCGUUUUCCCCUUCAUCAGCCCUCAAAUGGACCCACAGAUCCACCAACAGCCAGAGAUGUUCCAGUUUGACCGCUUCCUCAACGCAGAUGGGACAGAGAAGAAAGACUUCUUUAAGGAAGGAGUGAGGGUGAAGUAUCCAUCUGUGCCUUGGGGGACCAAAGACCACCUGUGUCCAGGACGCCAAUUUGCAAUUAGUGCGAUUAAAGAGCUUGUAUUCACAAUCUUGACUCGAUUUGAUCUGGAACUGUGCGACAAGAAUGCAAAGUUGCCAUUGGUAGACCCCAGCCGAUAUGGCUUUGGCAUUCUCCAACCAGCUGGCGAUCUAGAUAUACGCUACAGAAUGAGAUCUUAAUAUGCCAAAUCUAAUUAAAACUGUACAGAUAACAAUAGCUUUUUUCUUUUUUUUUUACCAGUGUCUUGAAUACUUAUUGCAAUAAUAAAUAUUGUAUUUUUUUUAACUCUGGUUUUAGUCAUUUUUCAUUCGACCUGAUGUCAUUUGGUUUUAUUAUCCUUUCUUUUUUGCAUCCAAGGCGUCAAAAAACGUCCUGAUUCUAAUGCAGUUCAACAUGUUUUUAAUCCUAUGAAAAACGCACUUGGUUUAUUGUAUUUUUUCUUUAGUAUUUUAGUUUGUCAGGGUCAAACUGAUGUGAAACAAAAGUAAAAGUGCUACUAUAGUAGAUAACACAUUUUGGAAACAUGCAUGCCUGCUUUGUUAUACAACAUAGUUAAAGCUUCGAUCUGUCUGUAGUGUUUUGACUAGGUCAGAGGCACAGGGGUUACCCCAGGGUAAAAGGCACUUUAGAUUUUUUUUUCUCCCAAAACACUAAAAUGCAACAAGCACCACCAUGUCACUUUCCUAAACACCUGUUUCCUGAGAAAUUAAAAAGUUGAUUCAUUAUCUGCAAUAAAAUUAUAUAUAUAUA